AUGGAUGGACCCUGGGUGGGCACCUGGAGACCCCACCGCCCACUUGGCCCCGUCGUGGCCCAGUUCACCACCCCAGGGCCCAAGUACUCAAUUCCUGGGACAACAGGUUACCUGUGCCAUAACCCCUGCAAAACCAAAGCUCCAGCCUAUACAUUUCAAGGGGCCAAGCAUCCCAAUGCAGAGAGCUGCUCCCCGGGGCCUCGCUACUACAUCCAUCCCUCCAUCACCAGGAAUGGGAAGUACCUGGCUCCAGCAGUGCCCAUGGCCGGAGCUCCCAAGGCAAAGAUUGAGGUCACCCCUGGACCCAGUGACUACUUCACUGAGAGGGCCAACAAACUCCUCUACAGACGGGCGCCAGCACAGUCCAUGUCCUUCAGGCAUGAGGUCAAACCUGCCCUGGUUCCAGGUCCUGGAGCCUACACUCUGCCCAGGGUGGUGGGACCCAACACAGUCUACACCCCUGCCAGCCCCUGCUACUCCAUGGGUGGCAAGAGCAAGCACAACAGCUAUGCUGAUGACCUGGCCAAGACCCCAGGUCCUGCUGCAUACCCCAAGGUGGAACUGGACAUCUACAAUAGAAGAGCUCCCACCUACACGAUGGGAACCAAAACCUCAUUUGGACUUCGCCCAACAGUGACUCCAGGGCCAGCAGACUACAGCCUGGGAAAGGUGACCCUGACCAAGCCCCAGGCACCUGCUUUCACUUUCGGACUCCGACACUCCCCGUACACAGCUGCAGCAAUUCCACUCAUCUGA